AUGGGGGACGAGUACGACGAGCUGUACGGGGGCGGCAGCGGCGCCGCCCGGGCCGCCCCUCCUGCACCCCAGGCUGGCGCCCCUCCGCCGCCACCGCCCUCGAGCUCCGACCCGUACGCCGUGCUGGAGCGCGAACAGCCGCCGGGGCUUCCACCGGGCCUCAGCGGGCUGGCGAACAUCAAGCAGGAGCCCGGAGCGCCCCCUGGUCCGCCCCCAGGUGGACUACCUCCUCCCCCCGGGCCGCCCCAGGGCUUCCACGCGCACGAUCAGCGCGCCUACCAAGCACCUCCCGGUCCCCCUCCCGGAGCGCCGCCGCCAUACUCUCCACACGGCGGGGCGCCACCGCAUGCGGCCCCCGGCACCGCCUUCCCUCCCGGACCGCCGGGCGCCCCAGGGGGCUUCCCACCGCCGCCCGCUCCGGGCCAGGAUCCACGAUCAGGAGCGCCGCCGCCGCCGCCCCCGGCCGACGACGACGACGACGACGUCGAGAUCCACCUCAACACCGCCGUCGUCCCCGCCGGCCCCCCCGGCGGCCGCGGCCUGCCCGGAAGACCCCCCCCCCGCCUGAGCGGCUACCCCAGCCGCCCGCCCCCCGCCGGCGGAGGCCCGCAGAGCCGCAGCCGCUGGGGCGGCCACAUGGGCCGCGGCGCCAUCGCGCCGUACUCGAUGCCGGAGGGCAUGGGCCCGAUCCACGGCGGCGGGCGCGCGUACGUGCGCACAGACGAGUUUGGCAACGCCGCGCCCGUCACGGAGGAGGCGCACGCGCAGGGGGACCCGAUGAACGCGAAGUUCCCGUCCAAGGCGGGCCCGGACGACUGGAUCUUGAUCCCCGAGCACCAGCGCGUGGAGCCGGAGGAGUACACGGAGUUUCGCGAGCUCGGAUACGGCCGGUUGUAUGACUUGGAUCUGGACCGUUGUGUCAUGAAAGGGGGGAUGGCCGGGCCCUGGCUGGACGCGGCGGCGGACCCGGGGGAGUUCUUCAACUACGGGCUCACGAAGGAGACCUUCCAGGAGUACCAGCGGCAGGUGCAGAUGUUCCGCAAAACAUAUGAUUUGAAGAGCGACAUCAAACUGAUGGAAUCGGACCGGAUGAUCUCGCCCGGGGACCGCGAAGUGCCGCCCGAGGCGCGCCGCGGCGGCGGCGGCCCGCCCGCGCGCCCCGCCACCUGGGGGCGCUAUGUCGGGCGCGGGUACGACGCAGCGUGGCUGCCGUGGACGCACGACCUCGUGCGGCGCGACGAGGAGCCGUACGUCUGCACGAUCCUCGUCAAGUCCACGGAGGACCCCAUCGAGGAGCCGCCCAACGAGCUCGCCCUCGCGGCGGCCCCGCUCACGCCCCCGCAGGGCCGCGGCGGCGACCACGCUGCCGAGACGCGCCGCCGCCGCCGCCGCCGCGCGGCGAGCGCGGCGACGCGUUCGACGGCGGCGCCCCGGGCGCCGGGAACCCCGCGGAGGACCCUAUGUCGAUCUUGA